AUGAGGGGAUCUGCCCAGGCAAGUGCGCUCCCGGUUAAUAAGGACAGGAUGAAGGCUACCCGACCUCCUGAUGUUAAUGAUGUCACUGUAAAAGAGCGCAGUGAGACUACAUUAAGGCUGCAGUGGAACCCAGUGCCCAGUGAAACUGCAUACAAUUAUACACUGCAAUACAGCAAUGGAACUAAGAUAGAUGACAUAACUGGAUCAGCAGGUGGACCAGUGACAUAUACUGUUAGAAAUCUAAUUGCUGGGACUGAGUAUAGCUUCACUCUUUUCACUGUGCUUCAGCAUGUUGACAGCUCUGGACAUAAUUUUUCAGCUACCACAAGACCUUCCGAUGUUAAUGAUGUCACUGUAAAAGAGUGCAGUGAGACUACAUUAAGGCUACAGUGGAACCCAGUGUCCAGUGAAACUGCAUACAAUUACACACUGCAAUACAGCAAUGGAACUAAAAUAGAUGACAUAACUGGAUCAGCAGGUGGACCACUGACAUAUACUGUUAGAAAUCUAACUGCUGGGACUGAGUAUAGCUUCACUCUUUUCACUGUGUUUCAGCAUGUUAACAGCUCUGGACAUAAUUUUUCAGCUCCCACAAGACCUUCCGAUGUUAAUGAUGUCACUGUAAAAGAGCGCAGUGAGACUACAUUAAGGCUGCAGUGGAACCCAGUGUCCAGUGAAACUGCAUACAAUUACACACUGCAAUACAGCAAUGGAACUAAGAUAGAUGACAUAACUGGAUCAGCAGGUGGACCAGUGACAUAUACUGUUAGAAAUCUAACUGCUGGGACUGAGUAUAGCUUCACUCUUUUCACUGUGUUUCAGCAUGUUAACAGCUCUGGACAACACUUCUCAAAUGUCACAAGGCCUCUCAGUGUUAUUGAUGUCACUGUAAAAGAGCGCAGUGAGACUACAUUAAGGCUGCAGUGGAACCCAGUGUCCAGUGAAACUGCAUACAAUUACACACUGCAAUUCAGCAAUGGAACUAAAAUAGAUGACAUAACUGGAUCAGCAGGUGGACCAGUGACAUAUGCUGUUAUGAAUCUAACUCUGGGGACUGUGUAUAACUUCACUCUCAUUACUGUGUUUGAGCAAGUGAAAAGCAUGGGUCACAGUUUCUCAGCUGUCACAAUUCCUCCCCAGGUGACUGGCUUACAUUGUGGCUAUAUGUCAGGAGGCUAUGCAUUCUCUCUGUCUUGGAACCCACCACAGGGUGUGUGGACACAAGUGGAGGUGGAGAUUUCAGGACAAAGCCCUCGUAAUGUGACGGGGACAAAGACGGACAUAGUGAUUAAGCAUGUAAAACCAGCCCAGACAUAUCAUAUAACUGCGACAUCAGUCUCUGAAACCAUGAAGAGUGAGACUGCCACUUUUGAGUGUCAGACUGACCCAAGAGUGUUUGGUGCAGAGCAUGCCAAGUACACAUGA